AUGGAGCGCCCCUCCGCCGAGAUGAGGAAGACCCUGCGGGAGGCGCGGUUGGGAGACAGAACCAGGUCUCACGUUCAGCUGUGUGUCCCCGGGGUGGGUUCGCUGCCUGCUGAGGCCGCCCCGUGUGUCGGGACAGCCCUGAGCGAGACAGUUCUUGCCGCCCUGAGCAGAUUUCUGUCCCCGUGUCUCGGGACUGCCAAGGGAGACGCGGAUGGGAGACACGGGGCUCCCUCGGCUCUCAGACCCCAGAACUCGGCCCCGGAGCCGGGGGCCCUCAGAUCCCGGGACGCGGCCCCGGAGGCGGGGGCCCUGAUGUGCUGUUUUCUGUGCGUCCCGGGGCCCACCGUGCAGUCAGGCCGCUUCCAGGCCUCAGGCUCCGUGUCCCUGAGCCGGUUCACUGCCUGCCCACCCCUCUGCGUCUGCCCAGCAUCCUUGUCCGUGCCCACCAGCGAGAGCGCCCCCAGGACCCCCUCCGUCCUCUCCCGUCGUCACCUGCUCCCUCCCCGCCCUUAA